UAUCAAAAGAUCACAAGUGGACAAACGAGGACAUAGGGGGACAUAUUUCUGCGAGGAGGUAUUUCUCGCAACACCGGAGGGAGGACGUGUGUGGUGUUGCGGGGGCAAGUUUUGUUAUUCCGCUCAAUUAUCUGUUUUGCGUCUUGCCAUCCUCCUCUGCCUCCCAGGAUGCGGCGGCGGGUGAACAGCCGUGUGUUUGACCCUUUUGACGAGUGGCUGGAGUCACAAGGGCUGUACAGGAAGCAGGUGGCUCGGGACGGCUCUUGUCUUUUUCGUGCUGUUGCUGAGCAGGUGUAUAUGACCCAGACCGAACAUGCGAGUCUGCGGUCACAAUGUUUGGAGUAUAUGAUGAUGCACAAGGAAGAAUUUCAGCCCUAUUUGGAGGUGCCCGUGGACCACCAUGUGUACAAGCUGCAGGAUGUGAAGGAGUGGGGCGGACACACGGAAAUCAUUGCCAUGGCACGCCUCUUCAAGGUAGACUUCCUCAUCUACCAGACGAUUGGCUCCCCACCCACUAAAGCCACUGAGUACAACUACCCCAAAACUCUCAUGCUGAGCUUUACCCAAGGCAAUCACUAUGACAUUGUUUACAAGAAGGAAGCAGCUGUCACCAGGGGAUUUUGCCAGUCACUGGUGUAUGAGAUCCUAUAUUGUAAUGUGUUCCAACUAAAGGAUGUGCGUCUGGCUGUUGACACAAUGCUUCAUGACAAGGAGUAUGCUUCCAUCAGGAGAGACUCAGCCAACUCCGCUGAGCUGAAAGAGAUCGGGGCACUGGUGGAAAAAAUUCUUGGUACUAGUAUUUCCCGGGACAACAGCCAGGAAGAGGCAGACAAGGGUGCUGGUGCGGAGGAGCGGCCCAGCAUCGAGGACAUACACCAGGAUGACGUGCGUGGCCUCCUGGCUCACGGUAUCCCUCCCUUUCCAUACAAGGUUGCCAAGUCCCUUGAUCCUGAUAUUUAUAGGAACAUUGAGUAUGAUGCAUGGAACACCAUACGCCGGGAAGCUCGCUACGGCCCCAUUGACUACAAUGGCUUCCAGGCGGGUGUCAAGGUGCUUAUCAAGUUGGAUAUGCUGCCUAACCGUGAGGAGGUGGAGGCCAUGAGGAGGGCGCACAUGGCAAGGCAGGGCUAUGGUGACGGUGUUGAGAGGAAGGGUGCUGAAGAGAAAAUCAUCACCUACCAAGGCCACAUUCAAGAGAUGUCAGAGAAUAAGGGGCCAGUAGAUGUCUAUAUAGAAGAAAUAGGUCGUAGGUUGAAGGUGCCUUAUGAAUCCUUAGAGAGGGUGCCUCCUUCCCCCCCUCGUUCUCCCUGGCACCAGCAGCCGAGUGGGGGCCCAGGAGGAGGCCCUGGCGGUGCUGGGUCCUCUGUUUCCAACUAUAAGAAGCUCUCAGGAUACUACCAGAAGGCACCGCUCCCUCCUGAACCCGACUACUCUGCAGGGAAGAGCAAGAAGAAAGGAGGGAAGCAGAUCCGAGAGUCUCCAGUCAACAACUGUGGGAUGAGGGGAAGGUCCGCCAGCAGUCCCACUCCCCCUAGACCUCGCACACCUCAGGGACCGCCCCACCAGUCUCCGUACAGUGCCAAGAGCUACCCUCAGCGUGGAAUGGCCCGUAACAGCAGUGGGGGCUACAGGGGAGCUCCCAGCCCUGCCAGAGAACCCUUCCCUCCCUUUACGCCUAGUGGAAUGAAUAUGGACAUGGGUGUGGAAGGUGUGUGGGCAAUAAGGGGCAACAAUCCCCCUGUCAAUAUCCACAGUGGUGCUCCGAAAGGCACUCUUCCCUUCCCACCCAUGCCUCACACCCCACUGACCCGCCCACCACCGCCAUAUGGGGACAAGGAUGCUCAGGUGCACGUGAGGGAGGUCACCAUGGAGGCCCUGCAGCAGGUCAUGAGUGCUGGGGGCCAACAAGUCAGGGUUACAGGCCAGCAGCUGGAAGUUGUGCCUGUAGAGAAGCCUGAGGAGAUUCAUGUUGCAUCAGCUGUAAAAGAGACUGCACUGGCAGACUGCACUGCCCCCACAGCUCAGGUAGAGGAAGAGGUUAAUGGAACUCCUGUCACAAGUGAAGCUGAAAUCUCUGAAAUUUCAGUCAAACCCAAAGAUGUUCCUCCCCCAUCCUCAUUACCACUUUCCGAGGUAGAUAAUAGCCUGCAGAUGGACCCUCUCAAGCAGACCCCUACAUCACAAGAGCCAAAUGGUGAAGUUCCUCAGCCCCUGGUGUACUCAGCAGACCCAAGCAUUGCAUUCAUAUCACAGCCGCCGCCACUCCACGUGCCACCCCCACAGCUGGGAGACUCCCCAUCACCUCAAACUGCCACUAUGUACACGGUGACUUACCCUCCACCCUACUCCAGCCCAGGCCUCAUCCAGGUAUACAGUCCAGUGCCUCCUGGUGAUGGGAGCUGCACCCCUGCCGAGUACAACACGCCUCCGCCCCAGCCGUUGUCACUGCCGCCCACUACCUCCACCGCCACUGCCACUUCCUUGCCUCUGAGACCGGAGGCAUGGGACGCCAAUGUUCAGGGAGGAGACCCGGAAGCAGUAAAAAUGAACCCAGGCGUACCUCCCUAUAUGGUGUACCCCAUGCCCAUGGUGUACGGAGGGUUUGGGGGCUACGGCUACAAUCCUCAGUGGGGCUACAGUGUUCCUGUCAUGCCUUCACCUUCCACGAUUGAGGAGGGCAAGCAGACUCCCAUCAUGCCAGGUACAGAUGGGUAUCAACAGAUAAUGGCUGUCAGUAGCUGGGGGCAGGGGUACAUGGGUGAUGUACCUCCUCACUCCGUACUCUGCCCUCCCCCUGCACAAGGCUAUCCCCCUGUGCUUCGAGAGCCAUCCCCCCUCCCCUACACACCGCUCUCUAUUCAGCAGCAGCAACAGCCAGAGGGCAGAGAGGGAGGAAGGGAUAUCCCUCCAUUCCAUCACCAACACCACCACCCCCGAGGGCGGGGGCGGGGGGGCCCCCACCAUCGAGGAGGACACCACAAUGCACAUCACAACAGUUUUCACACCCCAGCAGCACACCUAGGCAACUUCUACCGAGGGGGUGGAGGCACUCAGCGCUCACUGCCGCCAAGAUUCCACCGUGGGGGAGGAGGUCCACCUGGGCGAGGAGGGCCGAGGCACUUCCACAAUAACCACACCCCCCCGCACAUCCACCACCAACGAAGCCACCAGUAUGAGGGGCAGCCGCUGAUGCAGAUGGGCACCAAGAAACCCAUGUCAGACAGUUUGGCAUCCCAGAAGGGAGUGGCAGGAGGUAUGGGCCCAGCUGUGGUUCCUGUCAGUGUCGCUUCUCCUCCGAUGGUCACAUUUGUGGAUCCUGAGAGGUCUCCGGGUGUUCUGCCUCUCCCUCCCCCAGAUGCUCAGGCCAUGCCCCCCCAAGAACCCAUGUCAGUCCCACCCCCUGGUUACUAUUCAGCACCCCCAGGCUACGUGAUGACGGGGCCGUGGAUGUGGAAGAUGAUGUAAGUGAUCCUUCCAUCUGCCCACAACAAUUACUUGCUGUUGUUUUCCAAUGGCUUACUCUCCUGUUUCUGAUGUGAUGGCUCUAGAAUAUUUUAGAUCUCUUAAAAUUUCUUGUAUGAAUAUGUUAUAUUAUUAUUAAUUAAACCUUACUCUUUGGUAUAGCCUUGUUCUAUUUUAUUCACUUUUAUCAAAAGCAGGUACACUGAUGUUUAGAUAUUUUAUACUUUCUUAAUCAUCACGUUAUGUAAAGUUGAAAGUUUUGUGAGCAUUCUGAAUAUAGCACAAGGAAUUUUAGCAAUCCACCAAGCAUCACUUUCUUUACUCUACUAGUUUUUUUCAUGUUUCUUAUUCUGUGCUUUCAUUCCCCUAGCAUUAUUGACUGGUUUAAGCAAGUAAUUGUUUGUAUGGUUGUACUUUGUGAUAUUGUACAUAUAGGUAGUAGGAUACCUAGAUAUAAAAUAUUUGAUUCUUUCUUUUCCUGUAAAGCAGUGCUUUAUCAAUUUUUAAUUGAUGUUUUGUUUCCUUAAAAUUUCCAUUCUUUUUAAUGUGCAGAUUUGCUUAGUGUUUGAAAGUACUGAAAUUAGUUAUCUUUUUCUUAAUGGUAUGUGUUAAGAUUUGAAAAGUGCCUUAAUGGUACCCGUCCUACAAGCUUUCAUUCCAUCAUUGUUGUUUAGUGCUAACUUGUCAUCUCAGAACAUCAGGAUUUGUUCAUUUGUCUAGUCCAGUAUACAAGAAAGCUCUUUGAUUUAUUUUUGUAAACAUUUUGUAAUAAUUGUGAUGUUCCAUGAAAACAAACAUGUCCUACAGGUCUGAUGUUAUUGCCCUUGCAAAGAAAUAAAUCAAGAUUGGGAGACGAUAACAGGAAACUAUAAUGUUGUCUGAAGUACAGUUAAGCAAAUUCAUAUUAUUAGGUCUGAAUUACAGACAAUUUAAGACAGUUUCAAGAAAUUUAAGACAAUUCAUGUUAUAAGGCUUGGUUUCCAAAACAUAUAAUUCUACCAGUACAUCAGCACAGGGCAACUUAGGCAACAACAAUUUACUUUUUCCUCAAAUAAAUAACAGCAACAAAUUAUUUGGAAGAAAUUCUUAAAUACUAACCACUGCUAAUGCACUGCCAAUCUUUGCUGGGAAGCAACUAUUAUAUAAACUAAGGAAGUGUUCUAAUAAAACAUUUUUGAGAUAAACAAGAGCAAGUGAGAUGGCCUAAAACCUUGUGACUAGACUUGUAUUGUUACGGAGUGGUGUUGACAGAGGUCAGUACACCAGAGAGUGAGGCCUCAGUGGCGGCUCUGUUUUCUUGUAUGUCUCUCUGAAGGAGGGUGGCCUCAUUCAUAGCCAGAAAAGCACCCAGUUUGUGAAAUGCUGAAUAUAUCAUUGUUCCCAGACUAUGAUAUGUUGAUCCCAGUGUUCUCAGGUUGUGAGAAUGCUGAAAUCAGUGUUCUCAGCCCAUCGAGAUGCUGGGAGCCAUAUGUUUGUCAAGGGACUGACAUGUGAUGAAACCUUGUUUAUCUUCAUCUCUGCUCAUCUCCAUAUAUUUUUAAGGAAAUGUACUUAAUUCAUACUAAUUAUACUGCAAAAAAAUA